CGGUAGGGGUCAGCGGUCUCGGCCUCCAGCCGAAAGCAGUCCACCGCUAAACCAGAUUCUAAAUGUCUAAUCCAAUGUCAAAACCCUGCGUCCGUUCCGUCUUCUUCUUCCCCUCUUCCCCUCUUCCCCCUCCUCCCUUCUCCAGCCAUGCAAUCCCAAUCCCAAGUCCUCUUUCUUGAAGACUGGCUGAGAAACACCACCGCCGCUUCCCAGUCCCAACCCUCACCACCCGCCUCCGCCCGUGCCAUCCUCCAAGCCUGGGCGGACCUCCGCGGCCCCUCCCCUACCGACCCCGACCGGCUCCUCUCCUCCCUCCUCGCCCUCGCCCGCUCCCGCUCCUCCCUCCACGUCGCCGACUCCCACGCCCGCCUCCUCCUCUCCCUCCUCUCUUCCCCUUCCCCUCCCCUUCCCCCCUCCUCCCUCCCCCCUCUCCUCUCCCUCCUCUACGCCUGGCUCCGCAAAUCCCCCCGCCCCUCCCCUUCUCUCCUCUCUUCAGUCACCUCCGCCGUCUCCUCCGUCCUCUCCUCCCCUCCCCCUUCCCUCUUCCCCCACGCCGUCCUCCUCCUCGGCGCCCUCUCAGCCGCCCCUGCCCUCCCGGGCCCCUUCCGCCGCGCCUCCCUCGAUCUCCUCUGUCAUCUCCUUGAAUCAAAAGACCCUUUCCCACUCCCCGACGACCUCGUCCCCGAGGUCCUUGCCGGCAUCGGCUACGCUCUCACUCCAUCUGAUAAUGGCCCCUAUUUCAGCAGGCUCCUUGCUUACUUGCUGGGUUCUUGGAAUGCCGGAGGCAGCCCUCUCCCCACGCUCGCUCACGGGCUCCUCAUUCUCCGGCUGGUCGAGUGGUGUGUGCUGGGUUUCAUCACAUCGAGGUCUGCGAGCAAAAUUGAGUCCCUUCGUGGAGAGAUUUCGGUGGAGAAAUGCAAAACGCGGGAUUAUGCUCGGUUUGCUCUUCUAAUGGCCGCUGCUGGUUUCUUGAGGGCUCUCCGUCUGGCUUCUUCUUCUUCGAGCGAUAGGCUUGGACUUGAUCCUGGAUUGAGGAAAUCGAUCGAAGGGUCCAUUUCUUUUGUUGCAAAGUACGCAAUUUCGAGUAUUGCAAGUGAUUGCAGUUUGGAAAAUUCAUCGAAUGACAUCCACCUUCUUCUGCAGUGCAUUGCAGUGGGUUUAGCUCGGUGCGGUCCGAUUUCAUUUGAUGCCUCUGUGCUUCGGUGUCUCUGCUUGGCAUUAUCGAAUGAAAUAUUUCCUGUACCAUCUUUCAUUAGAAUGUGCCUUGGAAACCUAGAAGGGAAUUCAGCAAUUAUUGGCAGUGACAAGGUGAAGGAGCAUUUAUCUAGUGUUCUUUUCAAGGAGGCAGGCACGGCGACCGCUAUUUUAUGCAAUCAGUAUGCAUUUGCCGAUGAGGAAAGCAGGGUUCAGGUGGAAAAUCAAAUGUGGGAAUACUCUCAGGAGCUCUACUUGAAUCUCCGCAUGGCUGCAUUGGCACAUCGAGGGAAGAACAAUGAGUUGCUUGUGCAUUUGGAGAAAAUUGCAGAGGCUGCAUUUCUAAUGGUGGUUGUCUUUGCUGCUGAGGUUUCCAAGCACAAGUUGAAUUCCAAAUCCUCCAAUGAGUUCCGACCAGAGGUUGCUAUCGAGAUCCUAGUCACUUUUUCUUGCAUAGAGUAUCUGCGACGCACUCGGCUGCCAGAGUAUACAGAUGCAGUUCGGCAUGCUGUUUUGACCAUUCAGGAAAAUGCAGCUUCUUCUGCUUCAUUUGUUGAGUCUAUGCCUUCCUAUGCUGAGCUGACAAAACCGCAAGGCUCAUUUGCUUUGGAGGGAAUGAGAUAUACUUGGUCCAAAGAUGAGGUGCAGACAGCACGAAUGCUGUUUUAUCUGAGGGUACUACCAACCUGCAUUAGUCUCGUUCCUGCUUCUUUGUUCGGAAAACUAGUAGCUCCAAUCAUGUUCUUAUAUAUGCAACAUCCAAAUGAGAAAGUAGCUCGAGCUUCACAUUCCGUAUUUGUAUCUUUUCUAUCUUCCGGCAGCGAUGCUGAUCAGGAUGAUCGAUUGGAUCUAAAGGAGAAACUAGUUUUCUAUUACAUGCAGAGAGCUUUAGAGGCCUAUCCUGGGAUUACCCCAUUUGAAGGUAUGAUGUCCGGAGUUGCAGCAAUAGUUCGGCAUCUUCCUGCUGGAAGUCCAGCCAUAUUUUACUGUAUCCACAGUCUUGUCGCAAAGGCUACCAAUCUUUGUAGGACAGCCAUGAGACAAGAUGCCACCAUCUGGAAGACUUGGGAAGGGAGCUCAGAGCCUUGGAAGAAGGUUUCGGAUUUGUUGCUUCGCCUAAUCUCUCUUGUAGAUAUACAGGUAUUGCCGUACUUGCUGAAGCAGUUAGCAGAGUUUAUACUCCUACAGCCAAAAGAUGGCCGAGAUGUGCUGCUUGAUGAGCUGUACACCAGGGUUGCGGAAUCAGACGAUGUUACACGGAAGCCAGUUCUGGUCUCGUGGCUACAGUCACUCUCCUAUUUAUGCUCACGGACAGAAUCUACUGUCAAAGAUGGCAAUUCAGAAGUUGGCAUUAGUUCCAGUUCUGAUGGUUUAAGCUUAAAUAGAAUCACUGCACGUCUCUGACAUUUUUUUUAUCAUAUUUGUAAGUAAAAUUUGCAUAUUAUAUGCAUCACAAUAACGACACCAGGAUGCUGAGUCGGAGUACGAGGAAACCAGUUCUGACCUUGUGGCCAUGGUCGCUCCUAUUUAUGCUUGCUAACAAAAUCCGCUGUUAAAGGUGCAGUGCAGAAAGCAGCAUUAGUUCCAGUGCUGAUGGUGUAUGCUUGAAUAGGACCACUACUUUCGUGUGCUGGAACAUUUGGAAACACAGAAACGAUGCUGUCUUUGGGCAACAACACGAGGCUGUUGUCAUGUGGCUUGGAGAAUUUAUUAGAACGAAGGACUACCUUCAUUCUUUUGUGAAAACUCAGCAGCAGGAACACAGGGAUGGGACAUGAGUUUAAUUGGCAUCUUCCUCCAGGAUAUAGGAAUAUCAUCUCUGAUCAAAGAGGGACUAACAACUGGUAUAGCUUUCAUUUGCCCAAAUGAAGGAUGGUCACUGCGUGUGAAGGCUGUCAUCAACAAUCUGCUAUAUCUUUGAACUAGAUUGCAACUGGAGUGGACUUGAUUGUGCUUAAACAAGAAGGGUAUUCAGAGGUUCGGCUUGUAAACUGAUGGGAGAACUACUGUCGGAUUACUUGAUCCUGUGAUUGGUCUGUUAAAAUAAGUCAGAUGCUGAUCUCAGGAUACCAGAAUAUAUUAUAUUCAGAGGGAAUUAAAAGCUCCAGCAGAUUGGUUCGCAAAGGUUGAGAGCUAAAGCUCUUAUUAGGCCCAUUACCCCACAAACAGAGGAAGGACCACAGGACCUUGUGGAGGCCAAUUGCAGGGGAACGGGAAUCAGCCUUUACUUUAGAGCUUAGUAUAACCAAACAAAUAGACUGAUAUAAAAGACCAACAGGAUCAGAGCCAUAUAUUAUAAUGAUACCAGUCACGAAGGUAAUAUAGGAGAAUUGCAAUUUCACAUUC